AUAAAUCUAGAAAAAGAGCUGUACAAAUACCAAAGCUCAAAAUCCCAGACCUAAUUGUUGCUAUAAAUUACCAAGAACCUCAUCAUUCUUGAUUUCUUGUUUAUAGCGCUAAUUAUUCUUCUGUAAUGCUGUUGAUGACUUGAUGGUGUCAUAUUGCAGCCAACCAUAAAGUUCACAGCUUUAGAAUAUCGAAGACAAAAAGAAAAAGGGAAACUUUUUUGGUUCUUCUUUCUUGCUUCCCCGCAUUGAAGUCUGAAGAAGAGUUUGAGAGAGAGAGGAUGGGGUGUUGAGUGGGAGGAGAGAGAUGGCCGGAGGAGCUGAGUGGAUCGGUGGAGGAGGGUAUAUUGUGAGAGGGAAAUGGUGUUCAUACAAGCGGACCACAAUAAUUCUGUGCUCAAUCAACAUUCUUGUUGCUCUCUAUGUGCUUCACUCUCUCUAUACUUCACUCUACAUGUACCCCUAUAAUGAUUCCCAGACUGCUUCUAGGUAUACCCCACAGCAGAUAAGGCAAAUGGAAGAGUCUAUUCGAAUUCGAAAAGAAUCUGAACCUACAGAGCUUAUUAAGUUGGUAAACCAAAUAAAGAACGAAUUUUUGAUGGAGCAAGAGCGUGUUGAAGUAUCAGAGCCCAUGAAACUGAAGAUAGCAGAUGAGGUAAUAGCAACUUUAAAAGGCUUGGAUGGCAGCGCAAAUGCAACUGUGAAGCGAGAGGCGGUUGAAAACUGGCGGAAGGAAACAUUAAAAGAAGCGAAGAAAGUUAUGCGUGGGAAGACCUCAAAUUACAGUAUCACACCUGUGGAAGCCGGUGUACUUGCGAGAGCUUUGGAGACUGAUUGGUUUCAGCUAUCCGAUGAAAUUGGCCUUUGGAUACCCGUUGAGGUCGUUCACGAGGAACAUGAUGACAAACCUGAGGGAGCGGAAUUUGAAAUUGAAACGGUAGCAGGCAAACCGCUCCCUCCCGAAUGUCGUGCUGAACUUCAUACGGAUUAUGAUGGUGAUGCCGUGAGAUGGGGCCUUACCCACCAUAAAGAAUCUGCAUACGACUGUUGUAUGGCAUGUUUGGAUCAAGCCAAGCAUGCUAAACCGGGUCAGAAGAAAUGCAACGUGUGGGUUUACUGCCCAUCCGGGACGGGAUGCUACUCCCCAGAUAAAUACGAACAUAAAAUCCACGAAUGCUGGCUGAAAUACUCCGAGAAGCCCAGAUUGAAUUUUAAGGACCAGUAUUCUGAAUCAUAUAGAAACGCCCACCCAAACGCGCCAUUAAUCGUUCCAUGGAUGUCUGGAGUCGUCACUGUAUCAUAAGGUACUUGCUAUUGGAAGAACAACCAUUUUGAUCCUCGAGGAAUGUUGCGAGGACGACAUAGGUAGGCAAUACGUAUCUAGAUAACGGCAUUCGAUUCGAUUAGAUUCUCUUGGCUUUGAGCUCCAAAGGAUGACUUCUUGUUUGUUGGAGGAUAGAUCAUUCAAACUUUUGUUGGGUUCUGGUGGUUUAGAAGCAAAACUUCAGUGCUUAGAGGGGUGAAAGAAACAUUCAAAAACCUUCUUCUCAUGAAUGUAAUCAUAAUCUGAGAAUUGUUGUUACAUUAUUAUUUAAGUUGUCCAAAUUUCUAGCUUGCAA